UCUAAAGAAUAGGCUGCACAAACUUCGCUUGAUUGUCAACAUGGCAAUGAUGGGGAGGACGAGUGUGGGUUUGCGGGCCACGGGGACCACUUGUCGUGUGCCCAACCACCCCAAGGCGAAGCUCAUGUACUACCUGAACUGUAUGUGUACGGUAUUGAAAAUGGAGGACGAGGACGCGGACAUCUCGAGGCUCCGGCGCUACAACAACUACGCGAGCUUGAGCAGCGCCGACACGGACCUUUUGGUCUUGAUAUGCCUGGCCCUUAAACCGGAUGUUCUCCUCAACAAAUGCAUCUUCCAGAGCGACGCAAUGUGCAAGGAUUCCGGCAACGAGUUUUACGAUUUGGAGGCUGUGCGGGACAGCCUACUUGUCGCGGGCAGCGUCAUCGUCGGAGGGCGUACGAAGAGGGUGUCGAAGAUAAUGACGUUCAAGAUGAGCUGGUUGAAUGACAACUGGGUUAACCCGAUGAAGGCCCUCAUACAGGAGCAGGAGAACAAGCGCGUGGCGUCUGCGGCUCGCAGGAGGCGCGAGGAGUCGUCAGGUUGUGCCAUUAUGUAACUUUUAUACGGACAACGCCGUAUUGGAGAACAAUUGUAUGGAUAAAGCUAUUAAUAACAUUUCUGUGUGAUUAGUUAAAACAAAUCAUAAUUUGGUAUUAUAAUUUAGUAUUACAUUAAUAUCCUAAGAGAAUAUGAUUGUAUCCAGUGACUACCACUGUAAAUAAUACAAGUUAUGAAUCCUUGUAUUUUGCUUCGAGCGUUUGGUUCCGUAUAGAAAUGGCGUGUCUGUUAUCCGUUUAAAGAAUUGUGAUAUAUUUAA